CAGAAGUAUUUUUCAAACUCUCUUGAACAAAAUGGCAAUCCAGGAAGAUAAUCAAGAACUCAACGAUUCAACAAUGCGAGAAGUGGCAGAAAUCAUCGAAUGUCAUAAUAAGAACCUUCGAGAUCAAGAAGCUGCAACACUUUGUGAAGAACUUGACAACCUAAAGUAUUUAUUGGUUAUGAAAGUGAAGACUCUAAAAGUCAGAGAAGCUUCAAAUCAAAUCUUAACCUUAAAACAUAAACUUGUCGAUCGAGAAUGCAAGAAACAAGUGAAUGCAGUUAACAAUGAACUUGAGGAAUUAAAGUCUUUCAUUAAUGACAGCACCGAGGAGAAUCGUCGAACCAAGGUGAAAUUUCGAAAGGCAGUUGAAGAUUGGGAACGGAAAGAAGAAAGCUUGCAACAAGAAAUUGAGAAUAUGAGCUAUUACAUCAAUGACUUGCAUUCAACAUUGGAUCGAAAUUUUAUUUUUAACGAUCAAUAUAUUGAAGAAACUGACGCUAGUGAAUCUGAUGUGUUUGAAGUGGACUGGAAUGAAUUUCUUAGUCGACCUGAUGAUUAUGAUCAUGAUUAUGAUUCAGAUACACAGUUUGGAGAUGACGACGAUAAUGAAGAGUUUGAGCAUCAGUUCCAACACCGUAACAACGAAUCAAAUCAAGAUGUUUUUCAAGCUUUUCAAAAUGAUGAUUUGGAAUCAAAUCAUCAAGAUGUAGAAGAACAUGAUCAGAUCUGCGAGUCAAGUCAGAAUGAAGAUCAAGCUGUGGAAAUUGAUUGCGUAGCAUCGAAUGUUGAAGUUCAAUGUUCUGCAUUUGUUCAAGCUAUUCAACAUACUGACGGACAUUUCGAAUCCUUUGUUGAACCAAUGGCUUCUGAAUCUGACAUGCUGGUUUCAUCAGUCGAAUUAUCAGAAGACAAACCUCCACAAAUGCUGAGUUGGUGUGAUAUAAUUGAUGCUGAAGAUUCUGGAUUUGAUCAGCAAAGCACAUCGAUUGAACUGGUCCAUUUUGAAUCUUCAGCAAGUGACUCAACUUGCUAUAAUGUGGAUGUAAAGUGUCAAGAAGCUUCAUCGACUUCAAAUUCCCGAACCGGAGAUAAGGCAUUUGAAGCUGAUAAGCCAAUUGAACCUGAAGUUCCCAUGAAAAUCAAUAUGGAUCCAUUCAUUCAUGGAUAUGUUGAAAAGAAGUGUGAAGAAUCAAAGCUCAAAUCUAAACCCAAGAAGCAAAGAAAGCCUAAAUCAAAGCCAAAGUUCAAAAAUCUUGCUGUCUACAGUGGCUACUAAAUG